AUGACCGAAUUGUUAGCAGAGCGCAUACCAGAAGAGCUCGCUGCAGCUGCCAUUCCCGGGCCCGUAGCACCAACGGGCGUCGAAGAGGGCGAUGAGCACGAAGAACCACUACAUGAAACACAAUACACAGCUAAAUCUGAAUCUGAUGGCGUGUCUGCUCUUUUACGUCCUGAGGACAAGAAUUGGAUGAAAGUUUUAUAUUUUGCAGGCUCCUGCUCUGUCAAUCUUGUUCUCCCGUUCUUGAACGGCCUGAUGCUUGGGUUUGGAGAGCUCAUAGCACAUGAAAUCAGCUGGAAACUAAACUGGUUUAGAAAGUCAAAUCCCGGGUAUAAGAUUUACCCUGAAUCGCGAAAAUUCGCUGCUAGACAAGAUGUAAGGGAAAAAGAGCACACAUUCUUGUAG